UUCGAACAAAAACGUCAAGUUUCGUUCGGUAAAGUUUGAGGGACCGAAAAUACACGAUAAGAGUUGUAACAGAAAUAUUUUAAAAUCCUGAUCGUUAUACGAUAUCAUUCAAUCUACAUAAAUAUCGUACGCAUUUGAUAAAAACUGAGCCAGCCCAGAUGCUCGUCCUCGAUAACACGAGGUUAACGCGUUUGACAUUUCAAUCAGCUGUUCAAUAUGGCCGUCUACGAUGGUCUGCGAGACACGGUUCUCCCGAAUUGUUGGAGAAACGCCCACGUUAGAACGUAAUGUGGAGCCGGUAAACGUGAUCAAAGGACUCUAAAAGAAAAAAGACUGCGAAUCGCGCGAAUAUCUCAGCCUCGCGAUGGCCGGCAACGGUGAAGUGCUGGAGGGAUUUAUAUGCCCUAUAUGCAUGACCGAUUUCAAGGCACCCAAUCACUUGACCAAGCAUUUCGAGGAGGUUCAUAAUGAUGAUCCUGAAAUUCUAAAAUCGUUGAAAGAUUUGUUUGGCAAAGCCAAGAAAAAGAUUCUGAAGCAGGACGAUAUACCAGAGACGUUUCAGAGUUCAGUUCCACAGGACAAGCGAAGAAGUCCUGAAAUUAACUGGGGACCACAAGAAAUAGGUGCAAUUACAACUCACACAAAGUACUUUAAGGACAUAAGAAACGCUCGAUUAGAGAGAUAUGCUUAUGAAACGAAUAAACUUCUUAUAAGGCUAGAUAAAUUAUUAAAUAAUUUACCAUCGGAUCCUGUCGAUAGAAAAGUUCACGAACGAGCUAUCGUGCCAUGGAUUGACGAGAAGGAUGUGAAAUUGUGCCCUAAUUGUGCAAAGAGUUUUCACUUGGCGAGACGAAAACAUCACUGCAGACUUUGUGGAGCAGUCAUGUGCCAUAAUUGUACAGUAUUCCUCUCUCUAGGUGACGCACGAAAAAUGACUAGUCCUGUGUCUAUACAAGACGAUUCAGCUCUGUCCUCUACGUCGGAACGAGCUCUCUCUGAGAGAAUAGUACGAGCGGGCAUUGGUCUCACAAAGCUGGCACGCUCACCCUCCAAUGGUAGCUUGAACAGUGUCUUAUCAUUAGUCAAUGAUCCGGCUAGUGGUGAGCAGCACUUUAGAGUUUGUACUCAUUGUAUAAAUUUACUCGACGCGAGAGAAAUGCAAAAGGCCAAGCAGUUCGCCAAACCGAUUGUCUGUGAGUUUUACGAGAAAAUGCGGGGGUACAUGAGCGAAGCCUCGCAGCAUUUAGCAAUGUACAACAAAAUGUGGGAAUCGUUACAAGAAGGAGAGACUACGUACGAUGUGGAGGACGCUCAAUCGUUGCGAGUCAAGCUGGCAAAAUUGGGAGAAAAUAUAGAUGCAACCAGCAAAAGGAUUCUCAUCCUCGGCGCGAAAAAGGACGUGCAAGACCCGCAGGAGAUACAGAGCCAAGAAUUGCGUCUGUAUCAGAUGGUUAGAACGUCGGCAAUGAUAUUUUUAAAGGAAGAGUUAUUAACUCUACAACCUUUAUCUUCGGUAGAGGAAUAUGUAGCUUUACGAGAGGAACGUCAGAACAGAAUAGAAGCCCGAAUAGCGUAUGAACGACAAUUGGAAGAAGAUCAACGAGAAAAGUCCAAGGAACAGCGCAAGAGAGAUACAUGGAAUUUAGAUAACAGUCCUUCCAUGAAAGUCAACCAGGCACCGACAGUUGUGACUCAGUCUCAAGGUUGGGGUCCGUCCAAUGUCACAUCCAUCAUGUCUUCCUCCAUGGAUCCAAUAAUUGAACAAAUGAGCAAUCUUCGAGCAUACAUUAAGCAAGCCCGCGCCGAUUGCAAGUAUGACGAGGUUGCGACACUAGAAAGCAAUCUUCGAGAGCUUCAAAGUGCCUACUUUGCUAUGAAACAGAGUAAUAGCAAUGAUGGCUAGAUAUACGUGCAACGUACUGCUUACAUCUCAGCACACAGUGUUGAACUCUUCUCUUAUAGUAAGAAAUUGUAUUUCCUAUUAAUUUAAUAAAUCUUCUCUCUUGUAUUACAUGUAAAAAAUCUUCAUAUACACAUUGUAAAAGAAUAUACCUGAGCCACAUGAUUGCACAGAUGAUGAAAUACAUAUUGAAAUAGUUCAAGAUUUAACGAGUGUAUAAAAGUCACAAACUAUCAUCUUUUUAAAUGCAUAUUU